AUGCCCAGCGUAACCAGACUGCUCGUCACCCCCCUCGCCCCAACCUUUGCUGCUGAGGUGGAGGGCAUCGACUUUUCGAAACCAGUCGACGAUGCUCUGUUCGAAGAACUCCGUGCCACGCUGCAUAAGUACGGAGUGGUCAUUUUGAGAAAGACCGCGCUCGACGACGAAGGUGCGUUAGCUUUGGGUCGACGCUUCGGCGAGCUCGACAAUGUCAAGGCCCACCGCUCGGCCGGCCGCAAGUUCCGUAUCGAUAACGACGAGAUCUUCGACGUGGCCAACCUUGACGAGAAUGGUCAGAUCGUCACCGAAAAGGACCCCAACCGAACCGCCUCAGCCAACGGUAAUGCCCUAUGGCACGCUGAUGGGGCAUUCAACCCGCGACGCACGGGCGUCUCGAUCCUGAGAGCGGUCGAGCUGCCACCACCUAACACUGGUGGGCACACCGAAUAUCUCGACUCACGGACGGCCUACGAAGACCUACCGGAUGAGAAGAAGCGCGCGAUUGAAGGCCUCGUGGGGCGUAACUCACUCUUCCAUAACCGCAAGACAGCCAAUCCAGACUCUCCACUCUUCCGUGAUAUCGACCCGAUGAAGAUGCCCAUGGCCAAACACAAGAUCGUCCAGGAUCACCCCGAGACCGGCCGGAGAAAUCUCUAUGUGACAUCGUAUACGCACUCGAUUGAGGGAAUGGAAGUCGACGAAGGCCAGAAGCUACUCAAGGAGCUUUUCGAGCACCUACAACAGAAGAAAUACGUCUUCAGGCACGACUGGAAGGAUAACGGUGAUGUCGCUAUUUGGGACAAUACUGCGGUCUUGCACCGAGCAACCCACGGCGAGUAUGAAGGCAAGUACCGCAGAGACAUGAGGAGGAUCUCGGUCUUUGACAUGGGUCCCACCGCGUAUGGUGAGAAUGAUCCCUCUUCGUAUUGGCAGCAGGGCCUGCCGUGA